AUGAGUGAAGAAAUUAUUACAUUGCUUAGAUGCUUUACCGAAGAUUGUCCAUAUCACUGGAUGUGGUUUGGAGGUUCUAUAGCUUUUAUUGUAUUCUUUUCCGUAUUAUUUUUCUACGGUCUUAUUCCAAUCAUCAAAUAUCGUCUCGAAUUUUGGUCUUUAAGUACCCUCAAUAGAUCCUCACGAAUUUGUUUCAUAUUUGCUAUAUUACUCAAGCUAGUUUUGCAUCCGUUGACAUUCAUUGAUUGGAAAGACCACAGAACACGUCGUAUCUUAGGAUUCAUCAUAUACUCAUUACCGUCUUACUUUAUUACCACAUGUUACACCCUCGUUCUGAUCUCUUGGAUCACAAUUUGCAUGCAAAUUUUGCCAUUAAAAAUUGUGAAGAUUUUCGUCAAAGCCAAGGUUUCAUUAAUAAUUUAUAAUGUCAUUAUCUAUGGUUUAUACAUUAGCGGCUUAGUUUUCGAAUGUCUUAAACAACCAGGAAAAUUACUUAAAUGUUCAGGAUAUUUCGAGAUCUUCAGAGACAUCAUUUUGGCUCUGAUUUAUAUUGCAUUCAUUGUCCUACUAGAACGUGGUCUCAAAGAUGAUUCUUUCGCCGAAACAAACAUUGAGCAAAAGAAAUUGUUACGUCUUGUUAUUUUCCUUUCCAUUAUGUUACUUGCUCGUGGAGCUAUUUCAGUUGCACAAGUUGCAAUGCAUAAUACUUCAAUUUGCAAGAUUCCAUUUUUCAGUGCUGUUUGUUUCAGCGAAAUGUGUGUCGAAGGAAUUCCUUUGUUUGUUCUACUUAGAAUAAAUAACGGAUUCCUCGGAACAAAGAGAAAAAUGUCGUUUGAUCUUGGAACACACAGUUUAAUCGAAGGAUAA